CCGGGUUUAUCACGCAUUGGGUUAAGUUUAGUCCAAGGUAUCCAUGGCAUCGAAAGCAUGUGACAUCGUGUCUGUAAUUGGGUCAGGCAUGUUGAUGAAAGUAAGCUUAAGAACCCGUUAUCAAAAAAGAGCUCAGCCGUUCAUCAUUGCUCAACCUACAGUCGAUAUGAUCUAAGAAAUUGCAGCAUGUUUGGAAAUAAUUGAGCAACAUGUAUCCGUAUCAGUUCGCACAUAACAUUUGGUUGGUUAUUCGAAAUUGGAUGAGGUAUCUGACCCUGCAUGAUAUCUGACCUACUGCAUACACUGGACAGGUCUGUGUUUCUCAUGGUGUUAGGCGGGGGAGUGAGAUUCACCAUGGCCAGGAAUGGACCAGAGUGUGAGUCCAGGGAGGAGGAGGGUCUGCCAACAUGUCACAAACCACCCAUCUGCACUGGUUCCUUCAUCCAGCGCUGAGCCCCUGGAGGAGUGUGUACUGGGUAGGCGUGUGUGAAAGAGGACCCAGCUCCUGGCCAUGGCUCACUCGUCAGACCCCUCCCGCAGGGACGCAGCCCCCGGGACUCAGAGGUCAGGCACGGCUACGCACCACCUCCUCCGGAAGCAGCAGCAGCGCCGGGGAAUCCGAUCUUCCUCCCCCAUGGGCCGGGUCAUCCUCAUCAACUCUCCUGUGGACGGUGGAGAUGACAGUGAGGACAUCCAUACGGUCACAGUGGAUAAGAGUGAGGACGGCAGGCUGGGCUUCAGCGUGCGUGGAGGCUCAGAGCACGGCCUCAGCAUCUUUGUCAGCAAGGUAGAGGACAACAGCUCCGCAGAGCAGGCAGGCCUGUGUGUAGGGGACAAGCUGGUGGAAGUGAAUGGGGUGAGCUUGGAGAGCAUCACUAUGAGCAGUGCAGUUAAAGUCCUGACAGGGAACAACAGACUGAGGAUGGUGGUGAGACGUGUGGGCAAAGUACCCGGUAUCCGCUACUCCAAAGAGAAGACAACCUGGGUGGAUCUGAUCCACGGUAGGAUGGUGGUGGAGGAGAGUGGGCGUACACCCUCCGCCUCGGUGGCCAGCUCAGAUGGGGCCCUGCGGAGGAUCAUCCACAUCUACACCACCUCAGAUGACUACUGCCUGGGCUUCAACAUCCGAGGGGGCAAGGAGUUCGGCCUGGGCAUCUACGUCUCCAAAUUGGAUCCUGGCGGUCUGGGUGAACGGAACGGCAUCAAUAUGGGCGACCAGAUCCUUGCGGCCAACGGUGUAAGCUUUGAGGACAUCAGCCACAGCAGUGCCGUGGAGGUGCUGAAGAGCCACACACACAUCAUGCUGACCAUCAAGGAAGCGGGACGAUACCCUGCCUACAAGGAGAUGGUGGCAGAAUACAGAUGGCUUAACAAGUUGGCCAGUGGCAAUGGGACUCGGCAGUCUUCCUCCCAGGGCUCGGACUCCAACUCCUCUGCCUCAUCCUUGUCCUCUGGGACUCCCAUCUCCUCUCUGAGCGGACUGUCUCAGGUCAUGUUCCCCCCCAGCCUGCCCUUCGGCAUGGACAUGGUGGACGUCUGUAUCUCUACUGAGGACCAGACGUCUGGGUCUGGCCAGUGCACUGACACCGCCAUCCAGACCGACCCCUCGCCUCACAGGAUGGGUGCGGACACUAGCCACAGCCUGGGGGCCACCACCCUCCUGCAGGACUCGGUCAUCCGGGGGGAGGGAGGCAGGGGGAGAGGAGAGUCCCCCAAAACGGCCGUCCUAAUGGCCCUCAGUAGACCGAGUCAGCCCAUCCAUCGCUCCCAGAGCCAGGUCACUGUAGCAGAGGUGAAGCAGACGAAGCAGAGGAAACAGCAGAAAGGAGGGAAGAAUCCUGAGAGGAGCACCCUACAGCGCUCCAAGACCUUUGUCAACCUGCUGUUCAGGGGUCGCAGGAGAGACACCUCCAAGGGGCGCUCCAAGUCCCCCCCCAAAUCUGGGGCAGGUGGAGAUGGGGAGCGCAGGCGCAGACCCAGCGGGCCGGACCCAGAGAUGCUGGGGGUGGUGGAGGGCAUGGCCCGCAGGCUGCUGAGUGAGGACGAGGUGGCCUCCGUCAUGAAGACCUGCCGACGGUACAUAACAGAGCGUGUGGUGGAGAACCUGGUGCGCCACCUGCUGGCCGUGCUGGACCGGCCUGAGAAGCUGCUGCUGCUGAGAGAGAUCAGAAUGCUGCUGCCUCCAGCUGACCUAGGGCUUUUCAACAACAUGGUGGUCCCAUUCGAAGUGGAGGCCUAUGAUAUCUUGAAGUACCGUUCUGUCAGAUCCCCACUUCUGCGCUCCCCCCAGUCUGGACGAGCUCCCAGGCGACACCUCAUCACCCCCAUUCCAGACUUCCAGGGUGGCUUUGAGCUCCACAGUGCCCAGGAGGUGGAGAGGGAGAGCCAGCUGCUGGAGGAGCUAGAGCGGCUGCGUCUGUCUGCGUCCCAGAGUCCCCGGCAGCAGCACACCCAUACCUCCAGAGCAUUCCCCCCCCUGCUGGACGUCCCAGUGGAUGGCUACGCCUCCUCAGACUCCCUCCGUCCUCUCUCCGUCAGCCCCCUGCUCCCUAACUGGCUGCUGGCCCACAGCAAUACCACCGACCCCCACUCCCCGCUACGAGGACACAGUGGUACGGUCCGCUCCGUCCACUUUGAUGUGUCAAUGGACCAGGGAGAUACCAUCUCAGAGCGGGGGAGGUCUCCCUUCAGGAAUGGGACUUCCAAGGGUAAAAAGGAGAAAGAAACUGUGUUCACUCUGCAGAGCGCUCCUCGACGCAGCAGGCCCCCGUUGUCCCAGGUGUUUGGCUCUGGCCUGGACGCUGACUUCACAGCAGAGGGGUUGGGAAGGGAGCAGGUGAACGGUCAUCCCAGCUCCUCUGAGAAUGGCCUCAAUGGCAGCGCUCCGGUCAUAGAGUACGAGUUCAAAACCGUCAGCAUCUCCAAGACUAAGCAGUCACUGGGGAUCAGUAUCUCUGGUGGGAUGGAGUCUAAGGUGCAGCCGGUGGUGAAGAUAGAGAAGAUCUUCCCAGGAGGAGCCGCCUCCACGUGUGAAGUCCUGAAGGCUGGAUUUGAGCUGGUGUCAGUGGAUGGAGUGUCCCUGCAGGGCGUGACUCACCCCCACGCUGUGGAGAUCAUCCGCAGGGCUUUCAGCAACAAGGCCAAAGACCCCAUGGUGUUUAUAGUCAAAGUCCCCAAAAGCCCUUGACCCAAGACUGGGUCUUUGACCUGGAGGCCCAAGACCUAAAGAGACUAGAAACAACACAAACAGAACUACAGUGUGUUGGAAGAAGGGGAAAAGAGUGAGGAGUGAAAAGUGACGAUCUGAAGGAAUUCUGUGGGUUAAUAGGAAACUCCUGUUUCCUCUAUGGUGAACAAGAAGGCUCUAGUCAAUCAAAUGAAGGGACUAAGAGACCUGCUGCCAUGGGAACCAGCAGCCAGUGAUGUGUGUGCUGGCCUAAAGCGCCAGUUCACACAAUCUUUCACUUUUCAUUAUUUGUUAUAAUGUAUUAAUUAUCACAUUAGACUUUCACAAAUGAUGUAAAAUAAAUACACAUAUUUCUUAGGACAAUACUUUACUUAAGUCAUUUAAACACACUGGCUAAUUUAUGCAAACUGUAAUCCGAGUGCCUUCCAGGACCCCUGUGAACUGAACGAAUGGUGUCUGUCCGAGCCAUAGAGAUAGAUAGACAAAGAUGAGUCCUCUAUGUGCCAUUAUAGCGCCUGUGACAGCAUGGGCAGCACCAUUGAGGCAAUCUCCAUUUUGAAGUAGUCAAUUUUCUUCUUCAAGAUUGGCAGAUCUCUCCUGAUGACUCAGUUGAACAUGACUCCAGUCUCACCAGGAGGGAUCAGCUCAUGCUAAUUACAGCCUUUUGGCCACUAGAGGCCUCUAUCAUUGGCUAUGGUCUGAGCCAGUGUGGAGCAGUGGCUAGCACACCUGCUUGUGACCAGAAGAUGGCAGGCUUGGAUCCACCUGUCAGUUGAUGGUAAUGUUAUUACCAUGUAUAGACACACCGAGCCAUAAACUGAUAGUGUUCCUCUUGAUUGGAAAGUCACAUGUUAAUAUCAGGUGUAAACAUGACCUGAGUUUCUCCAAUUCUUGGUGAAAUGUAUGUCUACAGGCCACACAAUCUGGGUACAGGAGAGUGACAUGUUAGCACACUGUAUAAACAGGACUUAACAUAAAAUAAAGAGCAUCUAACAGAUGUCAAAUCAGUAAGCCAUUUAAAAGCAGCUAUGCGUUUUUAUCAAUGGUUUUAUUAAAAACAGUCAGUUGGUACAAUACAUUUACAGCAUGAAAAUAUACAUUUAAUGUCUUCAUACAAAUACUGUGGAUUAAAAAAAAAUGGAAUAUUGAACCA